ACAAACCCUCACUCCCCACUUUCUCAGCCUAAAACCCAAUUACCCAAACGCCUCUCUCUCUCUCUCUCUCUCUCUCUCUCUCUCUCUCUCUCUCAUACACAGUUCUUCAAUCGCUUCGGAGUCGUAGUUCUGUCGAUCAAACCAGUCUCCGACAAUGAGAGAAGAAGAGAUAGAGAAGCUGCGAGGCGUGGUUCGCGAUUGCUUGAGCAAGCACCUCUAUUCAUCUGCCAUCUUCUUUGCCGAUAAGGUUGCCGCAUUCACCGCCGAUCCCGCCGACAUCUACAUGCAGGCGCAGGCGCUCUUCCUCGGCCGCCACUACCGCCGUGCCUUCCACCUCCUCAACGCCUCCCAGAUCGUUCUCCGCGAUCUCCGCUUCCGGUACCUCGCAGCCAAGUGCCUUGAGGAACUGAAGGAGUGGGAUCAAUGUUUGUUAAUGCUUGGGGAUGCCAAAGUGGAUGAACAUGGAAAUGUUAAUGACACAAAGGAUAGCAAUGUGAUGUACUUGGAUAAAGAUGGGGAAGAUCGUGAAAUUAGUAUCUCUUCAGCGAUAUGCUUUCUAAGGGGCAAGGCAUAUGAAGCUUUAGAAAAUCGUGCCCAGGCUCGGCUUUGGUACAAAGCUGCUAUCAAGGCCGACCCUUUAUGCUAUGAGGCUUUGGAACGUCUUAUUGAAAAUUACAUGCUUACAUGUGAGGAAGAAGCAAGUCUACUUUCAUCAUUGCAAUUUGCUCCUGAAGAUGGAUGGCUCUCUUCUUUCUAUUCAUGUUUGAUAAAGAAGUAUGAUAAAGAAAAUGUUGUAGAAGCCCAAUUCAGAGAACUUGAGAAAGAGAGUUGUAACAUUAACUCUUCAGAUCCAUCCUUCAUGCGUACACUUAAGAACAACACUGACCUUUUGGCCUGCAAAGCUGAAUACUACCACCAGUGCGGUGAAUAUCAGAAAUGUUUUGAGCUAACUUCUGCCCUGCUUGAGAAAGAUCCUUUCCAUCUGAAGUGUACCUUGGUGCAUUUAGCGGCCGCAAUGGAGCUUGGAAAUUCAAAUGAACUCUAUCUUUGGGCAUGCAACUUAGUGAAGGACUAUCCUCAAAAGGCUUUGUCAUGGUUUGCUGUUGGUUGCUACUACUAUUGCAUCAAUAAGUUUGACCAAUCACGCCGUUAUUUUAGCAAGGCUACAAAUUUAGAUGGAACAUUUCCACCUGCUUGGAUAGGAUUUGGAAAUGCUUAUGCUGCUAAAGAAGAGGGUGAUCAAGCAAUGUUAUCUUACCGCACUGCUGCUCGUUUGUUUCCUGGGUGUCAUUUACCGACUCUGUACAUUGGAAUGGAAUCCAUGCGAACCCAUAGCUUUAAGCUUGCUGAGCAGUUUUUUAUGCAGGCAAAAACAGUUUGUCCUUCAGACCCGCUUGUGUAUAAUGAACUUGGAGUUGUUGCUUAUCAUAUGAAGGAGUAUAAAAGAGCUGUGUGGUGGUUUGAGAAAACUUUGGCUCAUAUUCCUUCAUCGUUAAGUGAAAUGUGGGAACCAACUGUGGUUAAUCUUGCUCAUGCAUUAAGAAAGUUAAAGAGGUACCAUGAGGCAAUCUCAUAUUAUGAAAAAGCUCUUGCAUUAUCAACCAAAAGUUUGAGCACCUAUGCAGGUCUUGCAUACACUUACCAUUUGCAGGAUAACUUUACUGCAGCAAUUACAUACUACCACAAGGCACUAUGGCUGAAGCCAGAAGAUCAGUUUUGCACGGAAAUGUUGACGCUGGCUCUUGUAGAUGAAGCUCGAUGUGGUCCUGAGUCUCCUGAGCUCAACACUGAAUCUCAUCGAAAGGAGGUGCAUGUUUUGUCUUCAGUGUAACAUCAUAAUCCAGUCAUGUUGUAAUUUAGAAAAAAAGGCAGUAUUUGCCAAAUUUAAUUGUUGUGCCAAAGUAGAUAAGUUAGUAGACAAUAUUUACUCAUCAUGUAUUCAUAGCAUGCUGUUUUUAUCUAAUUAAGGCAUUUACGGUAAUAUUUUGAAUUUGACCAUUUCUUUGUGACCUUCUGCUUGUUCAAAUUUUGAUUUGAUGCUGGUUA